GAGAGGACAAAAACAAUCGGCAUCCCCGGACACAGCUCGAUACAAACAGGGGGAGACCCGAACCCAAUUCAGCCUCGACACCGACUGACAGCACCGACGGAGACAUGGUUUCUCCGGUAUCCGUGGUCAAGAGUGAAGGCCCGAAGCUGGUGCCCUUCUUCAAGGCGACAUGCGUGUACUUUGUCCUGUGGCUGCCCACCUCCAGCCCGUCCUGGUUCAGCGCCCUGAUCAAAUGUCUGCCCAUCUUCUGCCUGUGGGUCUUUCUGCUGGCGCACGGCUUCAGCUUCCUAGGUGCUCACUCCAAUGCCCGCAAGAUCCUGGCCGGCCUCAUCUUCUCCGCUCUGGGUGACGCCUUUCUCAUCUGGCAGGAGCAGGGCUACUUUGAACACGGCCUUCUGAUGUUUGCCAUCACCCACAUCCUCUACUCAUCUGCCUUUGGGAUGAAACCUGUGAACGUAAAUGCUGGCCUCGUGAUCGGUGCUGUGUCCUCUGUGAGCUACAUGCUGCUGUACCCCUACCUGUCGGGCCCCUUCACCUACCUCGUGGCCGUCUACACCGCUCUGAUCGGCUUCAUGGGCUGGAGGGCCAUCGCCGGCCUGCAGCUGGCCAACGACGUGUGGACCUGGACCAAGCUGUGCGCCUGCCUCGGCGCCGUGCUCUUCAUGGUCUCUGACCUCACCAUAGCCGUCAACAAGUUCUGCUUCCCCGUGCCACAUUCGCGCGCCAUCAUCAUGGCCACGUAUUACGCCGCGCAGAUGCUGAUAUCGCUAUCGGCCGUCGAGUGCCAGGACGUGGAGGUUGCCAGGAAGAGAACGUGAGGUGCCGCGGCCACGAGGCUGGAAAGCUGGCAGCCAAUCCCCCCUCAAGCCCUGAGUGAUCAUGGACACAUCUCACUGCCAGAUCCCCAACCCUCAGCCCUCAGCCCUCAUCUCAGUGUGGCGCUCACAUCGCUGUUACCACGGCAACUGGUCCACUACAGCCUUCACAUGGCUAUCACCCUACUACUCUUCUAGUAUAUUAGCCUCACGCCGUCUUCUUACUAGAAGAUUGGGUAGUAUUGUCUUCAGCCUCUCCUGACAACAGUCCUACCUGCUUCCUCAUACUCUAGAAUCGCCAUCUCUCAAAACUAGUUACCACGGAGACAAGUGUAGUUAUAUUAACCUGCUAUAUGUAGAGUAUUACUUUACUUUUAACUGUUAUGUUUUAAUUUAAGGGGAGCAUGUCACUGGGGACCUUCAAGGUGUGUGAGAGAGCGAUUUUAUGUAUGUAUGUGUGUGUGUGCGUUUAUGUGUUUGAUUAACACUUUUACCUCGCUUUUCACACAACCCUAUCACAACACACUCAUGUAUUACAUGUGGUCCAAUAAUGCAAUUUAACUAUCUUAUUUUUGUCUUUUGUUUUGAUGCCUGAGACCUUGUUAGAAAGGGAUUUUUAUUUUAUUUUACCGUCACUGCCCAUGUUCGGUCUCCGUUGUGUUUCUCUGAAUUAAGGGUGCUAUUCUUAAAGUCAGGAGCAGAUCCACACCUGUUUUACUAUCUGCUUCUAUUUCCUUAACGAAAGCCACACUGCCUUUGUUCACCCCAUUAUUUAAACAAUUCUACGCCCAGACGAAUUAUUGUUCUGUUCCGAUGUGCAGGAGAAGAAUGAGAGAGAUUAAAUAGGGCAAUGAGGUAGGGGAAGUUUUUCUUGAAUGCAGCAUCCACUGCGUAUUGUAGCUUUGGUGCAAGUUGGAUGAGGUGGAGGAUGUUUGUGGGAGCUCGAUUGUCGUAGAGAGAACCCAGUAAACAUCGUGGCCAUAGCCGAUCACUGAACACAUUGUAUGGUGCACCUGCUUCUCCUCUUAGUGUGAAGUCUUUAAGGCUUUUUACUGUCUUUUGCCUGCCAGCAGUUGGGUCCACACGCCUGACACCUACAGCUCCUGCUGUUUUACUUAUUGGCAAAGUUCACAGGGUUCUCACCGCGGAACGAGUUCAGCCGAGCCGUGUUGUCAUUGGCCCUUGGACCAUGUUAUUGAGACUGAAAUGAAAGGGCUACGUUACAGGCUGGGUUCUUGUUUGUUUAUCAAACCUGCGUGUGUGUUUCCCAGCAUGCAUUCACUCACUCGGAACCACACACAAACAUGAACGUUGCCUCGGGUUCAGCCUGACAGAAAGAAAAAAGAGAUUCUUGUCAUGUGAGGGAAGAGUUAUCCCAUUAUUCCUAAUAAUUCUGUCUCACUGGGCACUUCAUCAGCUUUAAUCCGGCAAAAUCCACCUCAGGUAAUCCCCCCCGACAGCCUGGCUUAUAAUACUUUCUUUCAUCUCUCACACAUUUUCCCCUCUCUCCCCUUUCCUGUGUUCCAAACAUUUUCCGUUAGAAUGGAGUGUUCAAAUUAAUAUUUGAAAAUUUACCUUAACUCUUUCUUCAGACGUCUACAUAUUGUUUAUGCAUGUUAUGAAUGUGUGUGUGUGUGUGUGUGUGUGUGUUGCCUUUGUCUUAGCUGUUCAUUGAGCAUCUGUGUGUAUUUUACGACCAGUCAAAACCAACUCAAGGCCAGAAAUGCUGUGAAGCAUCAUAGCAUUUAUGGAGUACACAGACUACUAGAUAUCAUCAUCAUUUUAUUUAAAUAUUGCUCCCUGUUGACCGUGUCCAUCCUAUGAGUAUAUACCACUAUCAGAUUAAUACCAAGUUAAUCAUAUUCCAAAUGCACUGUAGCAAUUUAAAGUAUUACUCGCUAACCAAAAAAUAACAAAGUGACAGGAUUUGUUUGCUUGAGUCCAAAUGGACCUAUACAUGUUAUAUAUUGUGCUGUAUAUGAAACAUAUGUGCACGAAAAAGAAGCUGAUUUGGUUAUUUGUCAUUUGGUUCCUUCUGAAGGGUCAACGACCCCAGAAGCUGUUGCUAACACACCCGCAUAUAUAUGCACAUUGAUCAUGCACAAUGACCGAUCUGCAGGCAGAUCAUGGCGUUGACACGCAUCAAUUUGAUUUUCCCAAGCAACGCGGCCUUAGUUUGACGUAGAAAGACCCAGACGUUGUGGUUAGUCUCAUCGGCUGCUUUGCCGCACAGUUCCUCAAUCUCCUCUCGGCCUGUCAGCGCCACAUUUCUGCUUUGUCAGUCAGAGGUGUUGCAUCAGUCCGUCUGUGUGUGACGGCUCGUCUUCUGUUCCGUGUUUUAAUUUGUCCCUCUCAGCACUGCCACAAAGCAAUAGUGAUAAUUAUAACUUUAUUUGGAAAGCACUUAUCUAAACAAGGUUACAAAGUGCUUCACAAAACUCCAUGGCAAAAAAAUGUAUGAACUAAUUGCAACUAUUCAAUUAAUUGCCCAAUUUAUAGAGAAACCCAACAGUUCCCUCUGUCAGCAGCACUUUGGCGACUGUGGAGAGAAACACUCCCUCCCAUACUGCAGCUCUGGCCCAGUUCUCAUCUAAUGCUCUAACGCAGUAAUGAGAUCCAUCAACAUUUAGUGCAAGCCUAUAAAAACCAGGAGGGGCUGAGGAGAUUGAGUCGAGCAGUCGGACUUGUUCUAACUAUGUGGGCAAUUCAUGUGAGCACUACUGUCACAUAAAGCCCCCCCGAGUUUUGCUCCCGUGGUCCAAUGACUACGAGCCAGAAGAAAGGCUUAACAUUGAAGUAUUUCUGAGACUAUUUUUACACAUUGGAAAACCUCCAUGACUUUGUAAAGUGAGGUUGCUGUUCCGAGGGCGAUGGAUGAGUGGUAGCACGUAAAGCCAGAAGCAAACUCAAACACCAAGUUGAGCCAGACGAUUAUUAUGCCGAGGUGGAGGAUUUGGUUUUAAAUCCACUCUGUUUCUCCUCCAUUGUUUUUCUAUUCUUAUUUGACUUUGGGCCCAGACGACAGAAGCUGAGAGCCUAAGAGAAAACUGAACUCAUUUCCCUGAGUGGAUCUGUUAGCGUUAGAGCCCUCUCGUGUAUCAGACCAGCUUUUGUCCCCUCUCGUUGGUGCAGGAGUUUUUUUUUUGGCUCUUCCACUCAGGAAGGAGGUUAUUGUUGAGCGAUACUGUAGCUGGAAUUAGGUGAGGAGGUGAAAUAUGACACAUAGGGGAAGACUCCCUUUCCAUCCGGCCCACGAGCUGCCCCCCUCCCCACACAGAUGGCAGGCCAGCAGUCGCAUCACUUUACCUCAGCCUGUUAACAGCCCCCGUUGUUCUGAGCUUUGUGCAUGCAGACAAAAGGGGACCUGAGAGAGCUGCGGGAGGCCGGCACGCUGUGGCCGGAGCAGGAAGUGAUGAGCUGGAACCAGUAGUAGAGAGAGCCAGUGGUUUCACUGGGUCCUCUUAAGAAGUUGGGACUUUAUAUUUGAUUUAAAGCAACACUAUGUGACUUUUACUGAUAUUUUUAAAGUUUCCUUGCUGAAUAUUGGUGAUAAACUGUUUUUUUAAUGACUUCUAUGUCGUUUUGACUGAUCUACAGUUCAGCGUUACUUGUGAACUAGCUGGUCCUGAUUCUGACAAUUUAAGCGGCGACUAUCAGUCACUUCCACACUUUGUGCCCACAGUCACAUAGAGCAGGAGCAGACGUUCAGGGUGAGGAGGGAAUGGAAGCCUCUCCACUCUCCCUGUUCCAAAUCAGUGAACCAUCGAACUAAUAUUGAAGCUGCAUUUCCCUGUGGAAAAAUGUUCCAUAGUGUUGCUUUAAAGUUUUCUCUCUGUCUUUGUGAUCUUCAAUUGUUAAAUCCUUGCUGUUAAUGUGCUGUUUCCACUAUCCUGUAGCUAAUGACAUCCAAAACAUAGAGCUGUAAGGUUUCUACAUCUUUCCUAUGCAUGUCUCAUCUGGAGUGUUGGACACAUGCACACUGCACACACAGGUGUUUUUAUUACCAUGACUGACAGUCCUCCAACAUCAGUAUGAGCUCAUGAGAAGCAUGUCAAAUAAUUAUCUUCUCUUUGUGAUAUUAAUCUGAAUCUUCUGUGAGUGAGGCCAGUCAAUCUCUCCCAUAAACUAGCAGCUAGUGUGAUUGUUAAGUAUACACCCAUCUUUCCUUUAUUCUGUCUUCAAGCGGUAAAACAGAAGAGACAUUUAAAUACCGGCGGGUUUAAGCACAAGAAGGUGACGCAUUAAAGCGUGUGAGACUCAGCUUUUUUCUUUAAAAGGCAUUAAUUGCUGUUUAAGUGUUAAAAAAAGAAGUGUUAUCAUUUUAUUUGAAGAAAAUAGGCCCAUGUGUUUGUUUUCUUUUAGCCCGUCACUGUGAGAAAAGCUGGGAUUUGUUUUUCACAAAGAACGUUUUGAUUGAAAGCCCAUUAAAAUGCAUCAUUUGACUGAAAAAUAAAGAUGGAAUUCUUUGAUAUAUUUGACCUUGUUGUCCUCGAUUUUCACUUUGUGGGGGUUUUUUUCUUUCAUGAUUGUAGAGAUAAAAUACUUUGCUGUAGUGAAACUGCUCUGAAUGUGAAUAUCUAUUGGAGAAAUAAAUGCAAAUUGCAAUGCAACCUCA